AUGACAACAGUUGGAACCAAAGAAGAUAACCACCAAAGUGCCGAAAUCACUCAAAGUGAUAUAAAAUCACAUGAAUCAAUCAACUGCAUUGCCAAGGAUGAGUUGUUGAUUUCUAUAGAGAACCGUGGUUACGACACAAGUAAGAAAACCCCAAUAGAUAGGGUUCCAAUACUGCUGCGUAUGAAUGAAUCAUUCAGAAAUUGUUUUGAUCCACUCGUAGUUUCGAUAGGCCCUUAUCAUUUUGGAAAGCCACAUCUCAAAGAAUUCGAGCAGCUAAAAUUUCCAAUCGCGCAGAAAUUCUGUCGUACCCAUGGUGAUCAAUUAUCCAUCGAACAGUUAUACGAUGAGGUGAAAAAGGUGGGUGCCAUUAAAUGCUAUGCGGAAGUCUCGAAUGAAUACUAUGAAGAUGAAAUGUUCAACCGGAUAAUGUUUCGUGAUGCUUUGUUUGUGCUUCGUGUUAUGUUCAUGUUCAGUCCACAUGAGGACCAUGAGGUACAAAAAGCAGUAGAUGAAGACCAUGAGGUACAAAAAGCAGCAGAUGAACGACUGGCUAAGAGUUACUACUUUGUGUUGAGGGACUUGUUCUUGCUAGAGAAUCAAAUUCCUUUAGUAGUACUAAAAGUUUUGAUGGAACUCAUGUUCAAAGAUCAAGGGGAAAAGACAGUACUACUAGUAGAUGGUUUCAUUGAGAAAAUCUAUCCGCUGCUCACCAUGCAAUCUCUUGAAAAAGUGACAGGAUGCUGCUCUAAAAGUGCGCCAAAAAUGGAGGCUGAAAGCCAGUGCAUGCAAAAAUCCGAAUGGUUCAUAUUUAGUGUUGAAGUAGCAUUUUGA